GCGUGCGCAGUGCAGUGGUCAGAACGCGUAUCGAAAACCAUCACAAAACUUUAUUGCAGCGGCUCAGCGUGGAAGUGAGCGCGGCGAUCCUAGGAGGGGAAGUGAGGCUGCUGAUAUGGCGGACCCGGCGGCACAGAGCUCCGCGCAGCCCCGGCUUCAGCAAGCGCAGUCCAGCGGCCCGGCAGGAUCCACCCCGAACCCUGGAGCCGCGAGCAGCGACCCGGCCCGACCAGGCCUGAGUCAGCAGCAGUGGUCCAGCCAGAAGAAAGCCCAAGUCCGCUCGUUUCCGCGGGCUAAAAAGCUGGAGAAACUCGGAGUGUUUUCCUCCUGCAAGGCAAAUGAUGCUUGCAAAUGUAAUGGAUGGAAAAACCCCAAUCCACCGACAGCCGCUCGUAUGGAGCUCCAGCAGCAGGCAGCCAGUCUGACAGAGGCCUGCCGAAGCUGUGGACACUCUCUGGCGGAACAUGUGUCUCAUCUGGAGAACGUGUCUGAGGAGGAGAUUAAUCGGUUGUUGGGGAUGGUGGUGGACGUGGAGAAUCUCUUCAUGUCUGUCCACAAAGAAGAAGACACGGACACCAAGCAAGUCUACUUCUAUUUGUUCAAGUUGCUGAGGAAGUGCAUUCUGCAGAUGGGGAAGCCAGUGGUGGAAGGCUCUCUCGGUAGCCCUCCCUUUGAAAAACCCAACAUAGAACAAGGGGUGCUGAAUUUUGUCCAGUAUAAGUUCAGUCAUUUGGCUCCUAAGGAGAGGCAGACCAUGUAUGAGCUGAGUAAGAUGUUUCUGCUCUGUCUGAACUACUGGAAGCUGGAGACCCCGUCACAGUUCCGUCAGAGGGCCCAGAAAGAGGAUGCGGCCGCCUACAAAGUUGAUUAUACCAGGUGGCUGUGUUACUGUCACGUUCCUCAGAGUAAUGACAGUUUGCCCCGGUACGAGACCUGUCAGGUGUUCGGCCGCAGUCUGCUGAAGUCUAUCUUCACUGUCACCCGCAGACAGUUACUGGAGAAGUUCAGAGUGGAGAAAGACAAACUCCCACCAGAGAAACGCACUCUGAUCCUCACACACUUCCCCAAGUUUCUUUCCAUGUUGGAAGAAGAAAUUUAUGGAGAGAACUCCCCCAUUUGGGAAGCAGACUUCACCAUGCCAGCCUCAGAGGGGACACAGCUGGGGCAUCAAACAGUGCUGAGUCCAGUCUCAGUGUCUGGCUCUCCUCUUAGUAAAGGCAGCAGUGGUUCAGCUCUGGGUGUUUCUGGUUUGGACGUAGCUUCCUCUGAACCAGUAACUGGAGAGAAGCGAAAGCUUCCUGAGGCACUGACUCUAGAGGAUGCCAAGCGGAUCCGAGUUAUGGGCGACAUCCCCAUGGAACUGGUCAACGAAGUCAUGAAGACCAUUACAGACCCCGCUGCCAUGCUGGGACCAGAGACUAGCCUGUUGUCGGCAAACGCAGCUCGUGAUGAGACGGCUCGUCUGGAGGAGAGGAGAGGCAUCAUUGAGUUCCAUGUCAUUGGUAACUCUCUCUCUCAGAAGUCCAAUAAGAAGAUUCUAAUGUGGCUCGUGGGCCUGCAGAAUGUUUUCUCCCAUCAACUUCCCCGCAUGCCCAAAGAGUACAUCACACGUCUUGUGUUUGACCCGAAGCACAAGACUUUGGCUCUGAUUAAAGAUGGCCGUGUGAUUGGAGGGAUCUGCUUCAGGAUGUUCCCCACUCAGGGAUUCACAGAGAUUGUCUUCUGUGCGGUCACCUCAAACGAGCAGGUCAAGGGCUACGGUACACACCUGAUGAAUCAUCUUAAGGAGUACCAUAUCAAGCAUGGCAUUCUGUACUUCCUCACCUAUGCUGACGAAUACGCCAUCGGCUACUUCAAGAAACAGGGCUUCUCCAAAGACAUCAAAGUGCCGAAGAGCCGAUACCUUGGUUACAUCAAAGACUAUGAGGGAGCCACGCUAAUGGAGUGCGAGCUCAAUCCCAGAAUACCCUACACCGAACUCUCACACAUCAUAAAGAGGCAGAAAGAGAUCAUCAAGAAACUGAUUGAGAGGAAACAGAAUCAGAUCAGGAAAGUGUACCCAGGUCUCACCUGCUUUAAAGAGGGUGUGCGGCAGAUUCCUGUGGAGAGUAUACCAGGCAUCAGAGAGACUGGUUGGAAACCUAGUGCCAAGGAGAAGAGUAAAGAGCUGAAAGAUCCAGAUCUGCUCUACAACAUGCUAAAGAAUCUUCUCGCACAGAUUAAAACACAUCCAGACGCCUGGCCUUUCAUGGAGCCAGUGAAGAAAUCCGAAGCUCCAGACUAUUAUGAGGUCAUCCGCUUCCCCAUUGACUUGAAAACGAUGACGGAGCGUCUGAAGAACCGGUAUUAUGUGACAAAAAAGCUGUUUAUCGCCGACCUGCAGAGAGUGAUCACAAACUGCCGAGAGUACAACCCUCCAGACAGCGAGUACUGCAAGUGUGCCAACACACUGGAGAAGUUUUUCUACUUCAAACUGAAAGAGGCCGGGCUCAUUGAAAAGUAACGGGCAUCUAGCCAAGGACAAGGGACCAGUUAGUUACUAUAGAGAGUGUGAUCACAUACACGUUUAAUCUGGAUGAAUGACAUCCAAACUUGUCGAAAGUUGCUGCUUUCUGUUACUUUUUUCUUCCUUAUACAGUAUAGUUAUAAAACUCAAGGUUAUAUUGGUGUGUAUGACUCUGCAGUGCCAGUGCAUUAAGGGAAAAUGAAAACUGAAAGUGUGUUUGAUGUGGGCGUUAGUUUAGGCAGAAGUCACUAUUAGCAGUUCUGUUUUUCUGUCCCAUGCGCCAUUAAACGAAUGACUCACGAACAGCGCAAGCUGUUGCUCUACAUACUGUACUCAAACAUUUGGUUGUGUAACAAAGUCUUAUUCUGCGACAUUUACUGACCCGAGAUGUUGCAGCCAAAGCCGGACAAUGUUUGGCCUCAAGUGAUUGUCACUGCGGUGCCACCAUUCUCUGCCAAAGCUGUUCGAUACAGCCGGUUAGUCAUAUACAGGACAUGCCUAUUCAGUAUAAAUCUGAAAAUAUGAGGGAAAUGUUUUUUCUUGUUGUUCUUUUCUGUUUUUGUUUUGAGUUCCGUCAGUGGUUUUUAAUUGAAGAAAAGACGGCUCAUUUCUUGACAGAUCACUUCAAGUAACAAUAGUCCGUGUUUUUGUUCUCCUGGGAAAUUACUGCUGUCUAUUGGCUUUUUCAGUGUUGUUGUGAAGUGCUUAUCUCUGUUUGCAAACCAAUAUUUGUCGUCUUCAAAAGCUUUCAGCGUGUCAUGACCCCAGGCAUAACCAUUCACCAUUUUUGCAGCCUGCUUUUUACACCCAUUUGGGACCAGGAACAACUAUUUCCAUUUCAGUCACAACUGCAAAACACUUUUGUCUGCUACUACCUAAAGUACUCCUAAUGGACAACUGCACAAACCUGUAUUUCCAAAUAUGUAUGUGUUUUCUCUGAUAGCGCAUGUUCUUUGCUAGUUUACCGUUCACACACAUGGAACAGGACAGCUGGUUUAUUUCUCAGUCUCUUGUAAUGGGCAUUUACUUGAAUCAUGACUUUGAUGAACUGCUGCAAUGUUGAUGUAAUAUCAGGGUUCUUUAUUUUUGGUUUUACUGUGGGACACUGAUGAUCCUCAUGAAGAGGACGGAUGGGUGUGCUUGAAAGCAGUUGGCCAUGGUAGAUGCAUGUACAUUGCUACGGUUCUAUGUACUAUAAUUGUUU